UAUUCACUUCAGAUUAUGAAUUUGAGUAGGAAGCUAUCCAAGGAUGCAGAUCAAGUCAAGAAACAUGCAGAAAAACUCACUACUAUGUUUAAGGAGCAACGGAUAUUCAUUCAGCAGACUCUGAUUCUUCAGAAGAGUAGAAUGGAAGAAUUUAAGUCACUGUGUGAACAGUACUUGGAGAAAUUUCAGAUCCUGAGGGAUUCCAGGGGAGACUCUGUGGCUGAAGAACUGAGACACCUAAUUGCCACCUUGGAAAUAAAACUCCUGAUGGUGAACCACCAGCAAGAGAGUGCUGCUGCUCAACAGUCUCUCCUGGAUCUGUUAUUCUCAUGAUACUCGGAAGAAAC